AUACAAAGGAGGAAUAAAAAAUGGUUCGAAUUUGUACGAUCACCCUCUUCCUUCUGGCUACGCAGUUUCAUUGGUCAUUCACUCAUGGCUUUAGUGACACAGUUAGAAAGGCAUACAUCGUGUAUUUGGGAGAGGCAUUGCAGUCAAAAGCCUCAGCUACUGAGCUUCAUCACAACAUGCUUUCUUCAGUUAUUAGAGAUGACCAUAUUGCCCAACAGUCCAGAAUAUAUAGCUACACAAAGAGUUUUAAUGCAUUUGCAGCAAACCUAUUGCCACAAGAAGUUCAAAGACUACAAGAGAAUGAAAAUGUGGUGUCGGUGUUUCCUAGCAAAAUGCAAAAACUUCAUACCACAAGAUCAUGGGAUUUCUUAGGAGUGCCUCAAUCAGUGAAGAGAAAUCAUCAAAUUGAAAGUAAUAUUAUUGUUGGUGUAUUAGAUACAGGAAUUUAUAUCGAUGCUCCAAGUUUUGACGACAAAGGACUAGGACCGCCUCCAUCAAAAUGGAAGGGUACAUGCCAAGUCAAAGGCAACUUCACUGGCUGUAACAACAAGGUAAUAGGUGCAAGGUUCUACCACCACGGUUCCAUCAUUCCCAGCCCAAGUCCAUCCCCAUUAGAUGAGGAGGGUCAUGGCAGUCACACUUCGUCCAUCAUAGCAGGUGCCUCGAUAGCAGGGGCGAGCUUAUACGGUUUAGCCAAAGGCAUAGCUCGAGGUGGGGUUCCAUCAGCACGCAUUGCAGUGUACAAGGUGUGUUGGGAAGAUGGUUGUAGUGAUAUAGACAUGUUGGCUGCCUUGGAUGAUGCCAUUAGUGAUGGAGUUGACUUGAUAUCAAUUUCCAUCGGAGGGGAUUCGAGAAACUAUUUUGAAAAUCCCCUUGCGGUCGGUGCCUUUCAUGCAAUGAAGAAGGGGAUUUUGACAACAUGUUCAGCUGGGAAUGACGGCCCAAGUUUCUAUUCUGUGGAGAACACAGCUCCUUGGAUAUUGACUGUUGGUGCUUCUGGCAUGGAUAGGCAGUUUAGGACUCCGAUUGAAGUUGGAAAUGGAAUAAAAACUUCUGGAUUUUCUGUCAACACAUUUUCACCAAAUAAACGGAUGUACCCUCUAACCACUGCGGUAAUAGCAGUCAAUGGAAGUUUACCACGAAAUCAAAAUCCCUGGUUGUGUGGUGAAGGGAGUCUGGACGCGAAUAAGGUCAAGGGAAAGAUUGUGCUAUGCCAAGGAGAUCUAACUCAAGAUUAUGUUAAGGACCUAGGUGGGUUGGGGGCGAUUAUAUCUCUCCCACAACAGUUAGAUGUGGGCUAUACAUUUGUCAUCCCUGUUGCCUUGAUUGACACUAAUGUUAGUAAUCAAAUUGAGAAAUAUGUUAACUCAACCAGAGCCCCUCGGGCUGUCAUAUACAAGUCUACAACAGUACGCAAUGCCGCGACACCCUUUGUGGCUUCCUUUUCAUCCCGAGGUCCGAACAGACUCUCUUCCGCCAUACUUAAGCCGGAUAUUAUGGCACCUGGAAUAGAUAUUCUAGCUGCUUACUCUAAACUUGCAUCAGUGACUGGGGAUCCUGAAGACAACCGAUUUGGUGUGUAUAAUAUAGUUUCUGGAACAUCAAUGUCUUGCCCUCAUGUGGUAGCUGCCGCUGCCUAUGUUAAAUCAUUCCACCCUAAUUGGUCUCCCACUACAAUCAAAUCGGCCUUAAUGACAACUGGUUAG